AUGGCCUCCACUACAAACACUGUAUAUGUUGUGACAGGUGCAAACAGAGGCCUCGGUCUGGCACUGACCAAACGGCUGCUAGAACGCCCUGCAACCACUGUCGUGGCCUCAGUGCGAAGCCACGACGCAGCCACGAGCCUUAGGUCAGACAUUGAGAAUGUCGCUGUGGGGGAAAAUAAUGAGAUUACAAUGGCCUUCGCCGCAGCAGUCAGUACAGUGACGCAUAUCGAUGUGGUCAUCUGCAAUGCCGGAUUCCCAACGCCCAUGACUCCGGCUCUAGUGACUUCGGCGGAAGAUCUCCAUCGGCUUCUCCCCCCCAAGCUCGUCGUCAUCUCCUCCUCUGUCGGUUCGAUUGCCGGCCAGGAGCCUUUCCCCGGUGGCGCAUAUGGUCCUAGCAAAGCAGCCUCGAACUGGCUUACCAAGGCCCUUCAUCUUCAAAACGAGGCAGAUGGAUUGGUUGCGUUUGCUCUGCAUCCUGGCUGGGUGCAGACGCGCGCGGGAGAUUUCGCUGCGAAGGAGUGGGGAUAUCCUGGUAGCCCGCCGGUGACUGUUGAGGAUAGUGUCAAGGGGAUGCUUGGUGUUAUUGACAGUGCUACAAGGGAAAAUGUAUCGGGAAAGUUCGUAUCGUUCACUGGAGAUAUUUUGUCGUGGUAG